AUGGCUCCUGCUUCUGCACCGACUGACAUUACCCUUGACUCCGUGUCAGUUUAUGGGUUUACCGCUGUCCCUGCAUCCGCAUCUUUACUGCUCUCAACUACGACCUCGACUGCUGCGCCUUUUAUUCCAGUCUCAGAGAUUCCAGUCCCGGACACAGCACUCUCUGAGCGUAUCAAGAGAUACGCGCAAUCUAACCUCCCGGUACCCACAUACAACCACUCUCUUCGUGUUUACCAUUAUGGGUUUGCCAUAAAGAAGCACCUAUUUCCUUCUUGGGAAUUCACAGAUGAGGCCUACUUCCUUACAUGUCUACUACAUGAUAUCGGUUCUACGGAAGAAAACAUAACCAAAACAAAAUUAAGUUUUGAAUUCUAUGGCGGCUUACUAGCAUUGAACGUCUUACAAGAGACCUCGAAUACAUCGGCACCAGAGGCGACCGCCGCUCCUGACCUUGCAGAGAGUGUUGCUGAAGCUAUAAUUCGGCAUCAGGACUUUCGCGAUGAAGGAAAGAUCACGGCCGUCGGGCAAUUGCUACAGCUCGCCACCACCUGGGUAGACAACGUUGGUGCCCAUACCGAACUUGUCCAUUCAUUGACCAUUGAAGAUAUCUCCCGGCAUUUCCCACGACGGGGCUGGAGCCGCUGCUUUGCCGCUACUCUUCGCAAAGAGACCGAGUUGAAGCCAUGGUGCCAUACUACUGUCUUGGGAGAGGGGGCUUCUGCCAGGGUGCUUGGAAAUAAGCUUAUGGCGCCGUACGAGUAA